AUGGCAAGUUUAAAGGUAGAAGAGCCAGAAAACGUUUACAAUGAUCCUCCAACAUGGGCGGAUCUUUAUUCUCAACGUACUGCUUGUGGUGUGUUUGAUAGUUUUUUGUUAUUUUUUUAAAGUUUAGGCUUCAGCUAAACAAUAGCGCUUUUAUUUGCAAGAAGAUUUUGUUACCUACAAAACGAGGGCUAUCUUGAAUAUAUCCGAUGUUUUUUGUUGUUUAAAACAAUAUUCUUCUUUAAGUUAAUUUUUCUGUUUCCGAGCCGAUGGAAGUUGCCGAAACGAUUGAAAUCGAGUCAAAAUGCGUGAUGAACAUCAAAAAGUCAAUUAGUUCACAAAGCUCUGCCCUUUAUAUUCAAGUAGAAGAUUCUCAGCAGCUUCAAGAUGGCCAUGGCACGGUAUCUAAGGAUAACAUUUGUUGUGAUGAUAGGGCUACAAUUGUAGAUGAUCAACUUUUUCAUGAUGGUACUACUACGGUUGCCAAGGAUCUACUUUUUCAGAAUGCUAAAAUCGUAAAGGAAAGCAAGAGCAUGAUAAAUGGAACUUUGGCGGAUCUUGAAUUGAGCAGUUUUUCUUUUGACAGCACUGACAUGGUAUGUUCUUGCAACUUAUUUUUUAUGUUGUUUUAGGUCUUUGGGUAAGAAAACUUUUUUAAAAUUAAUAAAUUUUAAAAUUUCAGUACCGUGAUCACCCCUUGAAAACGCCGGAGUUUAGAGCUAAAGUUAUUGACGCUGUUCUCAAGAAUGUUGAUUCGAAUAAGAUUAGAAUUAAAUGGGAGAAUGUAGUCAAAACUUUGUUAGAAGUGUAUCCCAGCUAUCAGUUCUACGAACUCAAAGAUAUUGCAUUAAGAAUUUGGGCUAAUGUUAAGAAGGUGGCUGAUAAACGUUAUAGGAAUGGUCAGCCUUUAAAUGAGGUAAGUUCUUAAUGUUUAUAUUGGCUAAGGUGUUUUGGAAAUGGCCGGAUUCUUGGGGUGUUGCCAAUUGUUUGAUUUUAAUCUAACUUGCUUUAGUGAUUGCCUUGAUCAUUAUAUAGUUAUAAUAUAAUAUGUCGUUUACCUUGUGUAAUAAUGCGUUUUAAUUUUAGACGGAUAAGCGCAUAUACGCAGUGUUUAUCGCUCCGAUGAGAAUAUUGCCUAGAAAAAGAUUUCUUAGGUCUCAAUCUUGUGUUCCAGCCGGAUUGGAAAAAUCAAAGAAGGAACGGCACGUUAGGAAUGAUUUGGAAGAUAUAGAUCCAACGCUUCACGAUAGUACUGAAAAUUUAAAUUCAAACGUUUGCAACGAUUUUUGUGCAAGAGCAAACAGCCGUUCUUCUGUAUCUACUGGGCCUCUGGUAAGUUUUUUACUAGUUUGAUGUUUUUAUAGAAAAUAUUGACUCUUUGGAAGAGUAAAAUAGACAAUAUUGACUCUUUGGAAGGGUAAAUCAGAAAAUAAUGCAUAUUAUAAUGGCUUUUUAUAUAUGAAGUUUACUUCAAAGUUUUAGACAACACCUCCAAAAGCCUUAAGAAAACAAAAAUCUAGCCUGGAAGCAAAAUCAAAAAGAAGAAUAUUACCAAUUCGUGAAGCUACAAAACGAGGCAGAGGAAGACCUCGUGGCAGUGUUAAUAAAAAUUCUGACGAACAUGAGGUUCUUAAGGUACCUAAAAAGAGAAGUGGAGAAACCCUAGAAAUCUCUAGAAAGACCAAAAACCAGAAGCCACCUUUAUUGGACAUUGAGGUAAGUGAUCGGUUUUUAAGUAGUGUUUGUAGAUGAGUUUUCAAAAAAUUUUAAUUUGUUUUGAAACUCUUAUUUCAAGAUCUUAUGUUUCAGUGGACUUUGCAGGAGAAACAAUACAUAGUUUGUGAAUUGUUCGUAGAAUUUAAAACACUUCACAAGUUUUGGCCAUUGAAAAAAGUUAUGAGUCUGGUCAAUGACGCACUGCGCAAUCGGUAUGGUUUUUCGAAUUGUGGUUCUUACAUUGAGGAAACCUACCGCCAGUGUUUGAAGCUGGCCAAGGAUAACCUCAGCAAACAUAAACCGGUUAGACAGGUAGAUUUUCGUUUUUUUAAAAGAAAUUGGUGCUUACAGGGCAUAGUUCAUAUAUAAAUGUGGCAUCGGAAGGACCGGGCUGGGUAAAGAAUGGAUUGAAGGGUAGGAUGUGGUUAAUUAGAGCCUAGAGUUAGGGCAGUGUAGACUAGGGUAUUGUAGCGGAAGGUAAGGUAGGGUAGUGUACGGUAAGACAAGGCAAGAAAAUGUAAAGUUAAGUAGAGUAGAACUCUAAUAAGACUACUGUUAACAGAAUUUAUUUUCAAAAACAUUUAGCUAUACCAAAAAAUGCUGCUUGGCUUGAUUUUGCCUGGAGAUAAAAACGAAAUGAAGGAGAAAAUCCUCCGAAAGCUGAAAGGAACACCGUACUACAAACGUCAACGUUCUUCCAGCGAACCACCCAACUCUCAGCCACACCCACUUAAACUGAAGAGAAAAACUCGGUCUAAUGUUACAACAGAAAUUAUAAAUGUUGAUGAUGACGAACGUGAAUAUGUGGUUGAUAAUGUUGAUCGUGUGGAAAAUCAAGGUGUGAUUGAACAUGUUGAACAUCAAAAUGUGGUUGAUAUUGAUGAUCAUAUUGAACGUCAAAAAAUGGUUGAAAAUAUGGUUUAUGACGAAAAUGAAGUUGUGAUUGAUGAUAAUGAUUAUGUGAGGCAUCCAGAUGUGGUUGAUAUUUCAGAGCCGGGACCAGCGACUUCAUCGGUUUAUGGUUUGACUUCAACUGUGGUGAAAGCUAAGGACAUGAAUUGUGAACAAAAAGCGGAUGAUAAGGUAAGGAGCUCUAGAAUCACUCUUAUUAGUGAUUUAAGAUUAAGGGUCAUCUAUUAAGUUGUUCAAAUAAUUCUGUACCCUCUUAACACCGAAAAUUUGCUUUGAGAAGGGGCACAGAAUUACUUGAACAAUCUAAUAUUAUAGAUUUAGCUUUUGAAAAGCUUUCGGUUUAUCUUUUCAGUCGAGAUCAAUUAAAAUUCUGUUUAGCUUUGUGCCCAUCCGGGCGAUACACUGGCUGCGCCUGAAAAACAUUUCAGUUUAAAAGCCAGGUCUUGUACAAACUUGGAAAAGCGUUAUUGGGUUGAAGAAGUUAGGAAAGUAGAAUUGAAUUUCAGUUUUGAAGUCACUGAUAAUCAUUUGAAUUUCAGUUUUAAAAUCACUGAUAAAAUCAUAAAUUUCAGCAGAGAACCAAAGCUAAUGCUUGUGAUACCCUAUUGAAGAUUGUAAAAUUCUGUAACGAACACCAGCAAUCCUUCCGCUACGAAGGUGAGGAUGUUGUAUUCACCCACGAUGUCACGAAGAAGAUCAUUCGUUUUCCAGCUUCAAAAUUGCAGUCUUUGAUUUAA